UAACAUUAAUUGCCAAAAAAGAUCAAAAACGAAAAUCUAGAAACGUCGACUGUUUUUUCGUACGGCUUGGAUUAGUCAUAGCAUAAUAGGCCCCAUACACCUGCGAACAAAUUGCGCAAACGGAUGUUGCACAAAAAGUGGUUGUACAAACAAGGUGAUCCACACACUAUGCAAUUUACUAUGCAAUUUUAUGCAAACUUCAGUUGUGAGUUGUACUCAUGCACCUCAACAUGCCGUCUAAUGACGCAGCCUGUCUAGCUAUAAUAAUUGCUGCAGCCUGUGAUGUUGGCGUUAAUAAAAGAAAACGGAAGCAGAGAGUUUGGAUGAAAGAGUGGUUAAAGAAAAGAUCUCUUUUUAGUCACGCAAAUCUCCUUAAAGAACUUCAAGUGAGUUCACCUUUAGAUUAUAAAAAUUAUUUACGAAUGAAUUCCACUACUUUCGGCGAAUUAUUGGCUCUGGUAACACCAUAUAUACAAAAAAAAGACACAAUAUUGAGAGAGGCGAUAUCUCCCAAGCAGAGAUUGUUUGCUACUCUAAGAUAUCUUGCAUCUGGACUAACAUUUGAGGGUUUAAAAUUUGAAACUGCGAUUGCUGCUCAAACCCUUGGACAUAUUAUCAUCGAGACCUGUGAAGCAAUCAUAAAGGUUUUGAAGAAAUAUUUAAAGUGA